AAUAAAAAAGGAAAAACAAGAGAGAGAGAGAGAGAGAGAGAGAGAGAGAAUCUCUAGUGUGUUGCACUAUGGUUUCAAGUAUUAGUAUUUCUUUAAGGAAAAAGAAGAUCAACUCCAUGGUGUUGGUGUCUAUACAGAUUUACAGUUGAGGAAGAGAGAGAGAAAGAGAGAGUGUGUGUGUGUGUGUGCGCGAGCGCAUUUACUCCCUUCAUGAAAAACAAGAAGUGCAUACUGUAUUUUGUACUACACACAGACAACGAGAAAAAAAAGAGAGCGUUACAAGAACAAGAAAUGGUGGAGAUUUAACGGCGAGAGGUUCUUGACAGAGUAAAGGCGGCCUUCAAUUUCAUUUCAUACAAGCAAAUAUACAAGAAACCUCCACUCCCUUGUUGCCUUUUCUGCUUCUCCUUUUCCUUUUUUCUUACUUUUAUAGUUUUGCUUGUGAACUUAGUUUCAGUUUCCGGGCUACUUUCUUUAUUUUCUCUUGUUCUUUUCUCCUUACCAUUUUGACUCCUUAAACGACAGAGAAAAGAAAAUCUUCACUGGCUUUAUCAUUAUUACUAUUAUCUUGUGACUCAGUCUUUUUCCUUUUCUUCUUUUUCUUGGUUUGAUUUGCUGUGGUUUAUCUAUCAAAAUCUGUUUCUUGUUUUGAUCGGAUCUGAAAAGGACUUGCACAACAAUGUCGGAAAAACAGUAAAGCUGUUAUCCAAUACAAAGUUCAUUUACUUUUUGUCAUAGUUUAUGCCAAAGCGUACGUUAUUUAUCAAGGGUGAUGAAAGAUUGUUCAGCCAUUUGAAUUCUCUGAUAAGUGAUUAUGCCAGCUGUCACAAUAGAAUCACUCGUUGAGGGAAUUGGUUCCUUACAGAUGAGUUCCAAUUCGGUUGUUAAUGUAGAACAUAAUUCUUCUUUUGCACCCAGCAAAAGUCGUCCUCCCCACCCUCCAUCUAUACAACAAAAUAGAUAUGAAGGGAGCUCAUCUGGAUCUCACGCACUUCCCAAGGAUCAUGUUAUGAAGACUACCUAUUCUCCGUCUGGAUCCAUGGACGUUUCGAAACUCACCUACAAAACUGCCCAUCCCAUUAUGCAAAAAGAUGGAGAUAACAGCAUACUCAAAGAAGAAAAAGAGCAACUUUUUAGCAGUGGUGAUGGAGAUGGCAAAAUGGAGGACGAAAAUACUCACAAGCUAUCUAUGAAAUCCGAUAGCAGUGAUAAUAUCCAGCAACCAGUUGAUGAUGCCAAGACUUGCAAUUCCAAUGGCAUUGUGGAAUCAGCAAAUUUUGCUACAUUGCCAGCUAAAGGAGCUCUUGACCAGUUGCAUCUUCAGUUACAAUCUAAAUCAGGAAUGAGCUACUGUCCAAGCCCUCAAGGCAGUUUUUACUCUGCCGCACAGUACACUGAAGCUAAACAGAGCUUCACGAAUACUGAAGUGAGCGAAUGUGCUAGCAGUGUGGGGAAAUCUGGUGAAAGUGGGGAAGUUAGCAACUCAUGUGACUUUAUUGAGAGUAGGAAAACUAGUAUUUAUAGAGGCAGCACUGGCAGCGAUGUUAGCGAUGAGAGCAGCUCUAGUAGUUUUAGCAGUGCUCUGUACAAACCACACAAAUCAAAUGAUGUAAGAUGGGAAGCAAUUCAAGCCGUCCGGUCUCGAAACAAUGGGGCACUGGAGUUGAAAAAUUUCAGGAUUUUCAAGAGAUUGGGAUGUGGGGACAUAGGGAGUGUUCAUCUGGCAGAGCUGAUAGGCACAAGAACUUAUUUUGCCAUGAAAGUGAUGGAUAAAGAAGCUCUAGCGAGUAGGAAAAAGAUUCUGAGAGCUCAGACUGAGAGAGAGAUUCUACAAUCUCUGGAUCAUCCCUUUCUUCCUACCUUGUAUACUCACUUUGAGACGGAAAAAUUGUCUUUCCUGGUGAUGGAGUUUUGCCCUGGGGGAGAUUUGCAUGCGCUUCGGCAGAAACAACCUGGGAAGUUUUUCCCAGAGCAUGCUGCCAGGUUUUACUUGGCUGAAGUUCUUCUUGCUUUAGAAUACUUGCACAUGCUUGGAAUCAUAUACAGAGAUCUCAAACCAGAAAAUGUUCUGGUGAGGGAAGAUGGACAUAUAAUGCUCUCCGAUUUUGACCUCUCCUUGAGGUGUGCUGUGAGCCCAACCUUAGUCAAGUCCUCGAAUCCCAACUCGGAAUCCAAGAGCUCAGGAUACUGCGUUCAACCUGCUUGCAUGGAACCGUCGUGCGUCGUCCAGCCUGCUUGUAUCCAACCCACAUGCUUUGGCCCACGGUUUCUGGGCAAGUCCAAGAAAGAAAAGAAGUCCAAGCCAAAGACAGAAAUACACAAUCAGAUCACCCCUCUUCCAGAACUGAUAGCUGAGCCCACAAAUGCUCGAUCCAUGUCUUUUGUUGGCACACAUGAAUAUCUAGCACCGGAAAUUAUCAAAGGCGAAGGCCAUGGCAGCGCAGUGGAUUGGUGGACGUUCGGGAUUUUUCUAUACGAGCUCUUGUUUGGUAGGACACCAUUUAAGGGAGCUGGGAAUCGGGCUACUUUAUUUAAUGUUGUCGGGCAACCACUAAGGUUCCCAGAAUCACCAUCAGUUAGCUUUGCUGCACGGGAUUUAAUCAGAGGGUUGCUGGUGAAAGAGCCACAACAUCGUCUUGCUUACAGGCGUGGAGCGACUGAAAUCAAGCAGCAUCCAUUUUUCCAGAGCGUGAACUGGGCUCUGAUACGUUGUGCCAGCCCUCCGGAUGUACCGCCACCGUUCAAAAUGCACGAUGCAGGACCACCUGCACCAGCAGCAGCAGCAGCAGGAAAGGUGCAAGGUGUUGAUGUUAAGCCUUCGGGUAAUUACUAUGAGAUCGAUUUCUUCUAGUUGAUCUUUUUGUAUUCGUUGAGAUGGUUUCCAUCCACUUGAUUGAAUUUUAUUUCUAGGAUUCUUGCUUUAUUGGAAGGAAUACAAAUUUCUCAACGUUCCAUUAACUGAACAAGUUUGCUGCGGUUCAUUAUUAAUUUGGCUGAACUCCUCAU